GGGGGGCCGGAGGCGGGAGCAUGCGUGCUGCCGGCCUCUAUUGUCUCCACCGCGGCGCCGAGCACCGAGCGGCUGGCGGCGGCCGGCAGCGGAGGCCGCGGCCGGUGCAGCGGAGCGGGGCGCGCCGCCCCCCGGCCGCCCCCUGCCCCUCCAUGGGCCGCCGCUGAGCGUCUCCGCGGCUGCCGGCCGAGCCCCGAGGCAGAAGUGAGGCGGGCGGGCGGGCGGACCCGGGCGGCUUCCCCCCUCCGCGGCCCCGCGUCGCCGGCGCCCUCCGCAGCCCUCGCCGCCCCCCCCCGCCGGGGGGGCGCCGGCCGUGGCGGCGGUCUCGGGGUGCCCUCGCCCCUGCGGGCCCGGCGGGGGGGAAGAUGCCUGGGGCGGGGAUGAGUUUUAAUCCUUAGCUCCCCGCGCCCCCCCGCUUCCUUCCUCCCCCUCUCGCCUCCCCGCGGCGGCGGGGGCGGCGCGGCCCGUUCCCCGCGGGGGGCUGUCGCUCGGCUCCCUCCGGCCCGGCGGCGCCCAUGGGGGGCAAGCAGAGCACGGCGGCCCGCUCGCGGGGCCCCUUCCCGGGGGUGUCGACGGAUGACAGCGCCGUGCCGCCGCCGGGGGGGCCGCCCCACUUCGGCCAUUACCGGGCGGGCGGCGGCGGCGCCAUGGGGCUGCGCAGCCGCUCCGUCAGCUCGGUGGCCGGCAUGGGCAUGGACCCCACGGCGGCCGGCGCCGUGCCCUUCGGGCUGUACGCGGCGGCGGCGCGGGCGGCGGGGGAGGCCGAGCGGGCCCCGGGCGGCGGCGGCCCGGGCGCCGACUCCACGUACGCCCAUGGCAACGGUUACCAGGAGACGGGAGGCGGUCACCAUAGAGACGGGAUGCUCUACCUGGGCGCCAGGGCCUCGCUGGCCGACGCGCUGCCCCUCCACAUCGCGCCUCGGUGGUUCAGCUCGCACAGCGGUUUCAAGUGCCCCAUUUGCUCCAAAUCCGUGGCUUCUGACGAGAUGGAAAUGCACUUUAUCAUGUGUCUGAGCAAACCUCGCCUCUCCUACAACGAUGACGUGCUGACCAAGGACGCCGGCGAGUGCGUGAUCUGCUUGGAGGAGCUGCUGCAGGGGGAUACGAUAGCCAGGCUGCCCUGCCUCUGCAUUUAUCACAAAAGCUGUAUAGAUUCCUGGUUUGAAGUGAACAGAUCUUGCCCAGAGCAUCCUUCUGAUUGAUCCACUGGGCGUGCUUGCUGACUUCUCUCUAAGGGCACCUUGCUAUACCUGCUGUACCUCCUCUCCCUGUCCCACCCGCCCCGUCUGGAGUUUUGGGCUGACUUUAAAUUCCUCAAGAAGAAGAAAAAGAAGAAGAAGAAGAAAAAAAAAAAAACCCAGAAACUUGAAUCCACUUGGGACAACGGCGAAUUUUUUUAUUUUAUUUUAUUAUUUUUAUUUGUUUUUUUAAUUUAAAGGAUUAAAAAAAAAAUAACAUCCAGGAGAGACAGUGUCAGAAAAGCAGAGCGACCUGCUCGCGCCUCUGCACCUGCCGGCACGGGGAGAGAGACCUGCCCACCAGGGAGGCCCUGGGAACGCUCUUGCCACCCUCGGCCGAAACCCUGCCAUGAUGUUUGGCUUUUUUCUUCCCGCAACGAACGGAAAAGCUGCCGGGGGACAGCCGGCCAAACGGAGCACGCGGUAUUUCUCACUGGCACCCUCAUCUCCCACCUGGACUCGCCUGGCGCCCCGGGGGCUCUGCUCGGUUUUUUUUGCACUGACUAAUGGGAAUUUUCUCCUCUGUCCCGUCUCCCUUUUGGAGACCACCGACCCGGACCUGGCAGUGUGAGACAGGGACUCUGCCCCACGCCGGGAGCGGGGCCACUGCUCUCCCCCUGCAGAGGCGCUGGGGGUCUGUCUUUCAAGUGUUUACAACAACAACAACAAAAAAAAGAGAAAACCAACAAAAAAAAAAAAAAAAAAAGAAGCUUCGUGUUGACUGGCGUGUUCUUCGAUUUGAGCUUCCCUGCCCCGGUGAUGUUUACAGACUGGUCACUCUUUAACUCAGCUAUAACCACUCAGAGACUGAACAGCCGCAGCAUCCCCGCCGCCCCCCCGUCCCGUCGCCGUCGGACUCCUGUUGCCAAAAACAACCCCUUUUUCUUUCCCGUCGCCUUUUGAGUUGAAAGCUUGGAGGAAGGGGAUGGGGGGAGGUCUCCCGCCAGCCCCGCGAUUGCGAGCGCCUCGGCCGGCUGCUGUCGGCCUCUCCUCUGGCCCCCACGGGCUGCUUUGACGUGUUUCCCCCCUUCCAGGAGAUGCUGAGGCCGAGUCAUUUUAUUGCAGCCCCCCCCCCAACCCCGUCCCGUCCCUGUCCCCUCCCGGCGCGGCGGGCAUGUUUUCAUUGGUGAGACCUCCCCUGCCGGUGGCCGUGCCCCUGCGGGAAACGUUUCUGUAUUUAUAUAUGAAAAAAAUCCCGGAAACCGGAGAAAAAAAAAAAAACGAGUUCAGAGCUUGGGGGGAGCUUCCUUCAUUAGUCAAGGUGUUUUGAUAUGGUAUUAAAACAAUGUUCAAUAAAAUAUUCACUGUUAUUUUA